AUGGUACUAUUGCGGUGCUCAUUUGGUUUUACACAUCUUGAAAUUGGACUUCUUAUAUUUUCAUCUGCUUUAUUGUCGCUAUUAAUUGGUGUCACAACAUUAUGGCUUUUCGUAUAUCAAGGUUCAUCAUUAUCAUUUCCAAGUAAUGUUAAACGUGAUCUGUUCGAAGAGGCUAACAUGUUAGCAGUUGGUAUCGAUGAAAGCGCAUUAUAUCACAAUGGUUAUGUUGACCCUUGUGAUGACUUCUAUGAGUACGCAUGCGGUAAUUAUCCAAUUAACCGACAUUUACCAUCUAAUAAGCCUGUUAGACAUACCUUAAGCGAUAUGCAAAAUCGUCUUAACAAACAAAUCAGAAAGCUCUUGCAGGCUCCAAUAACUGAUGAUGAUAAACCAUGGAAUCGUCUUGCAAAGCAAUAUUAUCAGAAAUGUCUUAAUGAAGAAGAAUUGAAAGCUACGGGUGCUUCAUCGAUGCGGAAAUUGCUUCAGGAUUUAGGUGGUUGGCCAGUUUUGGAAGGGCGCACUUGGAAACCGUGGAAUAAUAGCUGGGAAAAGCAAUUGGCGCGUAUUAUGAAUAGAACAGGUGUCAACGCGAUUAUUCUAGAACUUGCUGUAUCACAUGAUCCAUUAAACAGUUCCAGGUUUAUUAUUGAGGUCGAUCAACCAAAAUGGGGAAUAGGCUCGAGAUGGCCAUACUUAGCCGGAAUUCAUGGUCAUGUCAUCCAGAAUUACACAUCGUUAAUGAUACAGACAGCUGUUAAUAUUGGAGCUGAUCCGAUGCAUGCUAAACAUGACAUGAAAAAAGCAAUUGAAUUUGAAUUACGAUUAGUGAAUUUUUCGGCUAACGAAUUGAUUCGACGUAAUCCGGAACGUGGUAAUAAUCGAUUUCAGCUCUGGCAAUUAAGCAGUCUCUUUCCAUCUAUCGAUCUGAUAACAUACAUCUACACGAUAUUCAGUGGUUUGGAAAAGCUCAGUCCAAACGAUACAGUAAUCAUACGUGAACUGGAAUAUUUUCGUCAAAUUCAAGAUGUAAUGCGACGAUCCAGUAAACGAACCAUUGCUAAUUAUGUGCUAUGGCGAGUAAUUCAGGGAUAUUCAUCAUUUCUGCCGCCUGUGAUGCGAGAACCAUUCUAUACUUUCAAGACCAAUCAAACUGGCAUUCCGAAUACUCCAAUUCCGGAUAGAUGGGAAGAUUGUGUCUUCCUGGCAACAAUAAUGAUCGAUAUGCCCGUUGGAAGGCUUUAUGUUGCAAAUCAUUUCGACCACUUGAGAGCUAUGAAAAAAAUGAAUGACCUAACAAAGCAUUUUAAAAAUGAAUUAAUCAAACAGUUAAAAACGGUCGAUUGGAUGGAUGAUGAAACACGGCGACGUGCGAUAAUUAAAGCACAACAUAUUAAUUACAAAAGUGGAUUUCCUUCAUAUAUCUUCAAUGAAAGUUAUAUGGAGAAAAAUUGGGCUUUACCUGAAACAAUAGAUAAUGAAUCAUUGCUCGAAUUUACAAUACGGAUAAAACGUGCACGUAUUAUCGAUGAGUUAAUGCGAUUGAAGAAAUUGGUCGAUACAUCAAUUUGGUUUCAAGGUCCAGCUCAAGUUGAUGCCUAUUAUGCGCCAAAUUUGAAUGAAAUGAUAUUUCCGGCUGGUAUAAUGCAAUUUCCGUUUAUGUCACCCGGUGUACCAAAUUAUAUUACUUAUGCGAUGGUUGGCGCUGUUAUUGGACAUGAAGUAUCGCAUGCUUUCGACGAUCAAGGUGGUCGUUUUGAUGAAUACGGUAAUUUGCAUAAUUGGUGGGAUGCGCAAACAGCACGUAAAUUUUACGAGAAAACAGAAUGUUUCAUUAAGCAGUAUAAUGCAAUAAAAGUGGAAGAAGCUGGGAUACAUUUAAAUGGGCAAUUAUCAGUUGGGGAAAAUAUUGCUGAUAAUGCUGGCAUAAAGACAGCACUUACUGCCUACAGAUCAUGGGUUGAAGAAAAUUCUCGACAAGAAGCAGCAUUGCCAGGCUUUCAAAAUAUGACCAGUAUACAGAUGUUUUUCAUUGCUUACGCAAAUAAUUGGUGCUCGUUAAUAAGGCCAAAACAUUAUUUGCAAAUUAUUAUGGCGGAUGUGCAUGCACCAAGCAAAUAUCGUGCCAUAAUACCACUUCAGAAUCGUCCUGAAUUUUCAGAAGCAUUCCAUUGUCCCAAAGGUUCACCGAUGAAUCCGGUGAAAAAAUGUUCAAUUUGGUAA